GGUAACUGCCAGCCUGGAGUACAUCCAGCAUGUGCAGACAUAUAGUUUGUUCCUUUUUGAACUGACACCCGAGCUGCACAUUUCAGUGCUGUGGAAAUGCUGUGGGUAUGGGUUACACUGUGCCUCAUGUGGCAGGGAGCAAGCAGCUUUAUGAUCCACAACAUGUUGGAAAGCCUGUGCCUUGAGGACUCCUUUGAAAAUGCUGGAGUUAAGUUAAAGAGAUGCAGUGUGGACUCAGAGCUCCAGCAAUGGGUCUGGAAAGAGAGGAUGUUCCUCAUAAAUGUACACACACAAAGGUGCCUGUCUGCCUUCCACAGUGACCCAAUCCAGACUCUCGACUGUGACGGUCAAGAUGAUCUGCACUGGCAGUGUAUGAACCACAGGCUAGUUAGCCUGAGUCAUUCCCUGGAGCUAGGUGUGCAUAGAGGAAGCCUGGUUCUGACCAACACAGGAAAAAACACAAGGUGGAAAUCUCUGGAUCAAGGAGACCUCUGUCAUGAGAAGCUGAGAAAGCAGAGGGAGACAGAUGAGUUUUCAGCCAAAGAGGACAACAUGACAGAGGAAGAGAGAGAAUAUCUCAGGUGGUAUUACCGCACUGAAGACGCAACACCCUGGAAAUUUGCCAUGCUAGGCUUUUCUCUCAUUGCUCUCAUUCUGGGUUGUGUGCUCUGCGUCAUGGGACUGAUGGGUAACAAACACCGGAGGGAAAUUGCCAAGUACAAGAGUGCUGCAUCUCCUGCCACGUUAAAUGUGGAAAUGGAGGAGCUUCAAAUCAUCAAUAACAUCAAGGAAGACCAAAACUCCUACACUGACAAAACACAAGAUGGACAACUAGACAGCAAAGCACCACUGGAGGGAGCCAGUGAGACUGAGGAGCUACAGCCUGGUGACAUUAUGGUCACGUGGAGGGAUGGAAACGUCUCCAAACUCUACUCUGAUUCCCAUAAGGAGGAUGAGGAGGAUUAGUGCUGAGACUGAAAGACAAAAAAAAGGUCUUACCUUGAAUUCAUUUGCAAAUUUAAAUGUACAAAUUUCUAAAAGCUUUUAUAGAGAAUGCACUCAUCUUGUAGUGUUUUAUAGUGAAUGUGCCACAUAAUCAAAUAGUAAUAGUACACAGAUUUAAAAUGUUUUUUUUAUAUAAUUAAGAAAAAACCCCUCCAAUGUUCGAUAUGUGAAAACUCUUUGUAAUGUGAUAUUUAUAAAAGGAGUCUCCAGUGUCAGCAAUUUUUGGUAAAAUUCUGUGGUAUAAGAGAAUAAAUUUGGCAGGUGUGGUGGUUAACACAAA